AUAACGCCGGACUUUGAGAAUUAUUCAAAAUUAUUUCUCAGAGCACCAUUUUAGUCUCAACAAGGGAAAUGGACUGUCAACAGCUACCGCUGGAAAGCAAAUAAACUAUUAGUCAGUCUUGUCCGGAUAUAAUUGACUGCUAAGUAUUCGUAUUCUUUCUCGAAAAAAGUGUUCGGUCUGCCUUUUAAUGAGAACCCACAACUAAUAAGAUUAAAAGUGCAAAGUGUGCAAUAAUGACGCAGCCAUCGGAGCAUAAAAUGGUGUUUAAAAUGGACAGUGACGUGUUUUCCGAAUCUGUAAAGUAUGAAAAGGAUAAUGAAUCUCCUAGGGAGUUCCAACCCGUGAGCAUGGUUUUUAAAAUGGAUGCUCAAAUGGAGGUUAUUGAAAGACCCGCGGUUCCGAGUUCUAAUAAUUCUCAGCAGAAGCUGCAGCCUCCUUAUGUCUGCAUACUGAACCACGAAGAUUUUUCGGAAAAUCCUGGUCUCAAUCGAAAGGGCAGCUCAAAGGAUGUCGAAGCACUGCACAGGACCUUCAGGAAACUUAAUUGCCAGAUUGAAGACGUUAGCAAUCCAACGUUUGCCAAGGUUCAGGACACAAUGGAGAAAUUGUCUGAAAAAAACUUUGACAACCUGGCUGGAGUGGUAAUCGUCAUCUUGAGCCAUGGAGACCUGAAAGAAAAGAUCCUCACCUGCGACAGUAAAGUGUACGACUUAGACGAACAUGUUCUCUUUAAGCUCUUUGAAAACCGCACGCUGAGAAGGAAACACAAAAUCCUAAUAGUUCAAGCCUGCAGGAACGGGUGGGAGAAGGAGGCUGUGAUGAGGCAUGGCUCUCAGUUCAUGAAGUGUUACAGCACCACAGAACGUUUUGACAGCUUUCUCGACCCAUCGACUGGGUCGAUUUAUAUACAAACCCUGUGCGCCGCAAUGGAUCAGGAUGCCCUCGAGAAGGACUUUAAGUUGAUCAUUGAGGAUGUAAACGAGAAGGUGGAAAAGUUGGCCAAACUUAAAGGUACAAACCAAACGCCAUCGAUAUCUUAUAACAAAUGGCAACCGCUCUGUUUUGGACACUUUGUGAAGAACGCAUUGUAAAAAUAGUUUUAAAAAUAAUAGCUUUCAAGAAAGAAACCCGCAGUAAAACGAGUAGGUACUUAAAAAAUC